CGCAUUUAAAACACAAUUUUUAAAGACACCCACCUCUUGACAACUUUCUUGCACCGCCUCCCAACCAUGCGCGCGCCGCUGCCACGAGCUGGGCUCCAGCCUCUGUGGCAAGCCAUUGGGUCGUGGACGCGAUGUAGCUGCCGUCCAGUGUCCACAGAGUCGAUACGCUCCACGAAGGUGCUGUUGUCUGACUUUGCGGACAAGCACCAGUCUGCAUCUUCCACCGUGUCAUUGAUCCAACAAGUACUGACAACUCCACAACAUGCUGCAGACCUGUCACGGCUGCGCGAGGCAACCAGUCAUUCGACAUUGUGGGAGGACCCAGUUGAAGCGGCGGGUCUUUUGCAGCAGCUGAGUGUGUUGGAAAAGCGUGAUGCAGUGGCGGCGCAACUCUUGCAAACCCUCAAUGACACCAAGGAGCUGUUUGACAUGGCCAUGGACGAGAACGAUGUGAAUCUUCUCCGCGAUUGCGUUGAGACAGUGGGUGCGGCCGACGUCACAGCCAAAGCAUUGCGCGCCGAGCUGCUACUGUCCGAGCCCACUGACUCGUCGUCGUGUUUCCUCGAGAUUCACGCUGGAGCUGGCGGCACCGAGAGCGGCGACUGGGUUGAAAUGCUCUUGCGGAUGUACUCGAGAUGGACAGAAUCGCAUCCAGAUGGGUAUCGAGUGGAGGUCGUGCAUGCAGUGCUGGGCGAAGAAGCGGGCUACCGGUCGGUGUGUUUGCGCAUUGAAGGAAGUUACGCAUACGGGUGGCUCAAGACCGAAGGGGGCGUCCACCGUCUCGUUCGCAUUUCUCCGUUCGACAACCAAUCCCGCCGGCACACGUCGUUUGCCCAAGUGCGGGUAUUUCCACUGGCCGUUCACGGCGGCGCGAAAGCGACUGCUGCCGCGAUGGAAAUAUUUGCCAAGGACUUGCGCAUUGACACAUAUCGAGCGUCCGGUCCAGGUGGACAGCACGUGAACAAGACUGAAAGCGCGAUCCGCAUUACGCACUUGCCAACCAACAUCGUUGUGCAAUGCCAGUCCGAUCGAUCGCAGCACCGCAACAAAGACACUGCGAUGGACAUGCUCCGUGCGCGACUUCUUCAGCUGGAGCUGCUGAAAGAGGACGAAGAGAAGAAGAAAUACACACAGGGCUUGGGUGAUAAUACGUGGGGGAGCCAGAUUCGGUCGUACGUAUUGCAUCCUUACAAGGUAUGUUGAUGGUUGGUUCAGCUAAGCAUUCAUGCGACUUCGACCUAGAUGGUCAAGGACCACCGAACGAACAUGUCAACCUCCGACGCCAAAGGCGUUCUCGAUGGUGACAUAUCUCCAUUCAUCCAAGAAGUGCUCCUCGCCACAGCAUCGAUUAAACCUCCAACCUAAUCCCAUCUACGUCGCCUACCUGCA